AUGGAUGGGUUAUCAGAAGCCGUGCUCACAACAGAAGAAAUGGGCACGACGCUCGAGCUAUCGGUGGAAACUAUGACGGAACCCGUACCUGGAGCUCCGGGGGCCCCGCUGGAAGCUAGGAUACUGAGUGAACUGAAGGUAGAAUUGCAGCAACCACAUAUGAAACUGUCAAUAACUAGAGAAGUUGAACCAUUGAUGAUAGGAUCCAGCGAUGCCAACGAAAGGUUUCUUCAGCCGGGAUGCAUGAAGGGCCCAAACAACAGCAUUUUGGAUAUUCAAAUAGACUGUUACAACGGAGUGCCUGGCAUCAUCGGCUACUGUAAUGGUCUCAAAGAAUUGGAGCUGGCAGACUGA